AUGAUAGUAAUAGAAAGAGGCGUCGUCGUCGGGCAGCACUACCUGGAGUACCUGGCCCACCUGUAUGCGGUCUACAACGAAGAUGACGUGGUGUGCUGCAUCAACCUGUACAACCAGUAUGGUAGGCCUGAUAAAAAGAACUUUGAAAAGUUGCAGCCAGACGUGUCAGUCGUGGCCAUCCACCCCCUUCAACUCCACAUCAACUUCAACCAAACCACCUCAUCCACCUACUCAAGAAACACCAACGAUGACGUCAAGCAACUGGAGAGCAGUAGAUUGAAACACGAGAAACGUAGAAAGAACGAAAGCAAUUUUCUCCAUGCCGGUUCCAAUCCAGUAUUGAAAUCUUCGUCGUUGUUGGCAAAAACAAAUUUAGGCAAUAGUGAUCAUUCACAUUUGAAUUUUUUAAUAGACUUCCUGUACUCGCAGCUUAAAUUUGAUGCUAGUGCAGCGAGUGGGAAGAGCAAUGGGAUCGAUGCGUUACCCGACAACAACGUCCUCAGUGCCAUCCGAAAUGCCAUCAGCAACUACAUUAACAACAACACCAACGACAGCAUCAAAGACACAAUCAACAACAUCAUCCUCAAAAACAUCAUCACCGACAAGAAGAGCGUCAACAGAGUCUAUGUUCCAGCCCAUCUGAACAACAUUAAAGUUUCCGCUCAUGCUUUAGGAUUCAUGCACCCUCCUUCUAACCUCAAGUUUCUUCCUCGAGCAAGAUACGACCAAUCACUGGAGGCCCUCGUAAGAUCGGCUAUUCUCAUCGGUCCAGAUCUCAUCACCCAUAUAUGCUCCAGUCCCCCGCCUAAAUUAAGGAGUGGUCUGAACUAUGUGAUUAUAUACGAAGCGACCGAGAGAGUGGUCGAUGGUGAGGUUAGGGCGGGCUUAUCACUGAGGCAGUUGUUGUUCUGUUUCAGUCUCAUAGAACAACACAGCUUGCAGUCUGCCGUCACAGGAACUUACAACUCUUUAUUCAGGUUCACCUACAGUUCGAACACGGAAGUCUUCCUGGUUGGCUCUAAAUCCAUUUAUGUACACUUCAUUAAGAAGUCAUUUGAAACAUUUGUAAACGAUUCAAGCAUAACUGAAACAUGA